AUGGCCCCGGCGUUUGCCCCCAAACUCAGCCCGGUCCUGAUGACCCCAGAGCCACACUACCUUCCUGGCUACUGCGGAUACUGUCCCCGCUACAAAUUCACCCUGGGCCAGACGUACGGGAAGCUCACGUCGCAGCUGCUGGCCGCCCCCAGCCGCCCUGGCCGGCUGCUCCUGCUGCCCAACUGCUCCCCCGGCACCCCAGAGGAGCGGCCGGGGCCGGGGGGCCGGGGCGGAGGCUGCGGCGCCAUCCCAGGGUAUACCGGGUUCAUUCCCAGGGCACAGAACCACUUUGCCAAGACCUAUGGGGAAGUCUGCAGGCGGGCCUGGCAGGACUUUGCGCCACACCAGGAGCAGGAUGCCCGUGGCCGGGACCAAGUGUGGGAGGCGAUGGGAGCCCCCCGGCUGGAUGUGAGAGUGCUGAUCCAGGGGGAGGAGCAAGCCAGGGCCUUGACGCACAGCUCCCAGGCGCCUCUCAGACUCACAGUGGGCUCUGCUCUGCUCCGCUCCCAGCCUCUCCCUGCCAGGCCCGAGGCCAGGUCUGCUGCCGCUGCCACUCCAGCUUUCCGGCCCCCAGGAUCGCCUCUUGCGCUGGAGAGGUGUGGCCCCCAGGCAACCUUCGUUUCAGGCUUCACUGGCUUUGUGCCUCGCAUCCAGUUCCUGAUUGGAGCAAGCUACCCCAUCCUCGCCCACCAGGCAAUGGCAGAGUUUGAUCAGAUGCUUCGCAAAACAGGGCAAGCCUUUUCACGGGGGGGGGAAACCCUUCCACCGCUGGCCAAGACAUAUCCCACAGACAGGGGCCUCCUGCCGCACUACAGAGGUUACGUGCCAGGUUACAAGUUCCAGUUUGGCCACACCUACGGCCACCUCACCUGUAACGCCCUGGGCCAAACCACUCUGGAGAAGCAGGCGCUGGCCGUCACGCAGUAG